AUGUGCCAGGUAGAUAGAUCGAAAUCGUUUGAAGAAGCGCUUUCGAAAUAUCGAAAACUCGAUGGAUUGAAGAAAGACAUUCUGAGAAAUCGGAAGCGCUCCGCCUUGUCAAAAACGCUUCAUGAAGUUACGAAGCAGCUAAAUAUUCUCAAACGAAAGUCGAGGAAGUGUUCUUCCGAAGAUGAAGAAUUUCUUGAAGAAGUUAACUGGGUUUCGCAAGAACUACUGGCGCUGAAGGCUGCUGAAGUGUCGGGAAGUCUCGCAAAUGACCAUCGCAAUAUUGCAGUGUCUACGUUGGAGGCAGCCCUAAAGGAUAUAGUUUCCACUUAUCAGAAAAAUAUCACAAAGGCUAGAAGAAGGAUGAAAUUGUCAACAAAGCCGGCUCAUCAGCAUGUCAAAGUCCAGCCUGUUGUUCAAGAGUUUGACCAAAAAGAUAUUUCAAACGAGGAGGAAGAAAGAUAUCUGGCAGAAGCUCUUGCUCUCAAAGAAGACUUUGAUGAAGUGGCUUUGAUCGAAUCGAAGGUUACGGAUAUUGCUCAAUUGCAACAUAAAAUCGCUGAGAAUAUUAAUCUCCAAGCCGAAGUUGCCGACAAUAUUCAAAGCAAUGUAAGUCUUUCCCAAUCCGCUAAUCCGCCGCAUCCUCUUGCUCAAUAA